AUGGGCAGAUUUGUUAUGCAGUUUCAACAGUAUUCUCCUGAACGAAAGACUGGUGGUGGUCCACAUCCAACAACGAACCCCGAAAAUGCAGAUGACAUCUGUUCAUGGCUCCCUAACGAAUUUGUCAUUGACACCAAUGAAUUUGAUUCUGAUGAAAUAAAUCAGACCUCAGAUCAUGCAGAAAGUAUAGCCAAUACUGAAAUCAAGUGCAGGAAAGAGGUCCAUCAAGCCCAAAUGACAAAUGUAACGAAAGCCUGA